AGCGAAGAAAUAACCAAAAUAUAUUCACUCCUCAAACCACAUUCUGUCUCCAACCUUCAAUUCAUUCAAUGGAGACCCAAAAUCUUCAAACCCUUCCAGUACCUCAUGAUUACCACGCCAAUGUUGACAGUUCACGACCCUUCCGCUCCGUCAAGGAAGCUGUUGCCGUCUUUGGAGAGCGGCUUCUCCUCGGAGAGUUCUUCUCAUCACCAUCCCCUAAACCGCCGCAGCUGCUGCCAUGUUACACCGAGCAAGAAGUAGAAACUUCUUCACCAAGGAACAAGUCUGUCAUCUCAUCACCAAGUACUAGUGCUGAUCCACAUAGUAAAGAAAGUGAUAAUGUUUUGGAUAGUCUCAAGAAACUUGAGGCUGAGCUUGAGGAAACAAAGGUGGAGUUGAAGAUGCUCAAGGAGAGAGAGUCCGAAACCGAGGUGGCCUUGGCAACCUUGAAUGCAGAGCUUCACAAGAACAUGUCCAAGUUGGCUCAGGCUGAGGCGGCCGCAGCAGCAAAAGCAGCGGCUAGUAGUGAUCACCAUGUUAUCAGUUCGAUGAGAUCAAAUUCGGAGGAAGCAGAGAAGAGUGUUAAGAAGGAUCAGUGGUCGAUGAUAAGGAUGGAGGACACUACUACUUUGGCUCAGAUAUUAAGCAUUAGUUCUCAACAUGAGAAUCAAGGUGGUUAUUAUGGGAGCGGAGGAAAAAGAGAGAGGAAUUAUAAGAUGAUGAAGAAGAAGCCUAUUGUUCCUCUUCUGCAGGACUUGUUUUCCUGGAAAAAGGGGUCGUCUACUCCUCUCCAUGACCAUAUUUAUUCGUCUCCGAAACUCUACUAUUGAGUAUGGAUUAUGGUCGAAAUAAAUUCUGUUUGCAACUUGACUUGAUUUCUGUUUUGUUUCUUUUAAAGUACUUAUGUGGACUGUAAUAGUGUAAUGCAAAUGUUGUCUAUGCUGUUCAAGUAUAUUAUCCAA